CUUUCUGUACAUGUAGCAUGCACACCAGCAUUGCACCUUUCCUUGCAUUUGCAAUACACUUCUAAACUGCUAUCACUGCCUGAGCCCUGACUGUUGAAGUACGAGUUGUAGUGCUCUAAAAAAUAGCUGGGAAAGAGAGACCAAUAGGCAUAUACACAAGAGGAACAGAACAGCAAGCAAGAAAAGUUUUUAGAACAACUUUUAUUUGCUCUUGCAACUGGAUUUCCGAAAGUGGAUUCAAGUGAACUGUGUUUGUGUGCGCUUGUGUGGGUGUCCUGUACCCUGUAACUAUGAGAGUCACAUAUGUGCUACUUUGCGUGGGUCUGGUCCUUCUUCCUGCUUCAAUCUGUCAGUCCCCUGCUGAACGUGACACUUACACUGAGUGUACAGAUGGCUAUGAGUGGGAUGCACAGACUCAACUCUGUCGAGACAUAAACGAGUGUGAGACUAUACAGGGGGCUUGUCAGGGAGAGAUGAAAUGCUUUAACCACUAUGGUGGUUACCUGUGCCUUCCUCGCUCCGCCUCCGUUAUCACCGCUCCUGAGCCCUCCAGCCAAUCAGAUCCCAUUCUGCCUAAUGAGGCCUUUAACCCCUGCCCCGUUGGUUACAGAGCCCAAGAAGAUAGCUGUGUGGACAUUGAUGAGUGUGAAUUGAAUCAACAUGACUGCCAGCCCAGCCAGCAGUGCAUGAACACAUUGGGCACUUACACCUGUCAAUGCCCUGAUGGCUACAGCAAGAUUGGCAUAGAGUGUGUAGAUAUUGACGAGUGCAGAUACAGGUACUGUCAGCAUCGCUGUGUGAAUGUGCCUGGAUCUUUUUCUUGUGAGUGUGAGCCUGGGUUCCAGCUGGCGGGCAACAACCGAUCUUGUGUUGAUGUAAAUGAGUGUGAGAUGGGAGCACAUUGUCAGCAAAGGUGUUACAACACCUAUGGUUCAUUCCUGUGUCGCUGUGAUCAGGGCUAUGACCUGGGACCUGAUGGCUUCUCAUGCAAUGAGAUUGAUGAGUGCAGCUUUUCCAGUUACCUUUGCCAGUUUCAGUGUGUGAACGCGCCUGGAGGAUUCUCUUGUGUGUGUCCAGAUGGCUAUGAGCUACAUGGAACACGGCAAUGCCAGGAUGUGAAUGAGUGUGAGACAGGCACUCGUCUGUGUGGAGAGGGACAGGCCUGUGUGAAUAUCCAUGGGGGACAUCAGUGUGUGGACUCCAACCGCUGCCAGGACCCCUACAUGCAGGUCUCAGAGAAUCGCUGUAUAUGUGCUGUGGUGAAGCCAGAGUGUCGUGAUCUGCCCUUCUCCAUCGUGCAUCGAUACAUGAGCAUCACCUCUGAACGUUCUGUUCCCUCUGACAUCUUCCAGAUCCAGGCCACAAGUGUUUACCCUGGAUCCUACAACACCUUCCGCAUUCGCUCCGGAGAUGACAAUGGAGAAUUCUACAUACGGCAAAUCAACAACAUCAGUGCCAUGUUGGUUCUGGCCCAAGCAGUGACUGGACCCAAAGAGUAUAUCCUGGAUCUGGAGAUGGUGUCUGUCAAUCCUCUCAUGAACCACCAGACCAGCUCGGUUCUGCGUCUAACCGUUUAUGUUGGGCAUUAUGCUUUCUGAGGAGAGAUAAACAUCGAGAGAUAAAUGUAGGGGUAAACACUGAAUGACAGUAGAUUUUUUUUAUUCAGUCUAGUUCUGCAUUUGUGGCUGCUUUGAUGUAUUGAAAAUUGGCAACACAGUUCCAGAAUUUACCAGCCAAUGAUGUGAAAUCAUCUCUUUGUUUGUGGCUAACUUUGGCCUGUGAGUGUGGGUCUAUUUUGGGAAGUGCUAUAGCAUCUGAACACUCGUUCUUCUCACUUUGCCACUGCGGACUUAUUCUCACACAUACUGUACAUUUAGCACAAACGCACGCACGCACACACACACACACACACACACACACACAGGGUGAGAUUAGUCUACAUGUUACAAAUAUUUAAGGAUCAGAAAGAUAUAUCAGGAAAUUACCUGUAAGAUAUAAUUUCUUCUUUGAAGUACCAGUUUUAUCAUUUGAAGCGUAUUUAUGAUUAUCUAACCUACAUAAAGAAACAUGAAUAAACAUAAAUUAAAGAUCAAACAUUUCUCAUAUCUUUUUCUUAGGGCACCUUAAUCUGUGCAUGAAUUUUUUUUACCAAUCGUCUUACUCUAAUUCCUGCUUCGUUCAUUUGUUUACGCUCUCUGCUGGCAUGUUUUUUUCUUUCUUUCAAAGACAUUCACUAUUCUUAGUAAUGAUUUAAUACCGAUUUAAUAUGUCCAAUGAUGUUUGUGAAUGUUAGUCAUUUUAGGCAUGUUUAGGGUAAGUAAAUACAAUGUAUUACUACGGAGUCUCCACAUGGUGACAGUGUAACACUGGUGCACACGUGGUGACAUUUUCAUUUGUGCCUUGAAAUGACACAACUUUAAUUGCUUAAAGGAAUAGCUAAGGAAUUCAAGGUAAGCUUGAUCGACAGCAUUUGAGGCAUAAUGUUGAUUAUCACAAAAAUCACUUUUAACUUGUCCCCCCUUUUCUUAAAAAAAGAGCAAAAAUCUAGGUUCCAGUGAGUGAAUGUGGCCAAUCCGUAAACGUUAAAAUACUGUUUCAAAAGUAUAGUCACAAGAUGUAAACAUUAUAUGUGUUAACAUAAUUUUGGUGUGAUAAAUUCGCUUACUAACCUUUUCUGUGUAAAGUUAUAGCCAAUUUUAAAACUUUGUUGCCAUGACGACAUAAUGCCUGAAACACUAAAACAACCGUAAAACUAUUUGAACAACUUUAAAGCUGAAAUAAUACAGUUUUAACUAAAAUGAUAGAGUUUUAACAAAAUUAAUUAAUGUGGAGUAAGAAAAUUACAAGCUUCACGUUUCUGCUUUUAAACCCUCCAAAAAUUGGCCCCAUUCACUUCCAUUGUAAGUGUCUCACUGUAACCCAGAUUUUUGCUUUUUGUAAAGAAUGAGUUUAAAUACUUUUUUGUUGUAAUCAGCAUUAUGCUGUUGAUUUAACUUAACUUGGAAUAUUCCUUUAAUUAAACAAGGACUCAUCGCUGCAGUCAUGUUUGAGGUGCAGUGCCAGUUCUAAGAUUACAAAUGUGUAAUUUGUAACCAAAAUAAUCCUGCUCUACAUGUUUAUAGGUUAUUACUGGAACAACUGUACUUUAAACUACUCUGUAAAAAGUGCUAACUUCUAGAGCUAUUUCUUCCUGAUCUAACUCUUAAAUUGAGUUUUGUUGUUGUAACCUAAUUAAGGUCAGGUUGAUUCAGUGAGGUUAAAUAAUAUGUUUGACUUCAAUAAAACCAGUUAA